GUAUCAUCGGAUAUAGUGCAUUAAGGUGCUAGUUCCGUAGAUGGCAGCAAUGCAACGUAUUGGCUGCCGGCUGCCGUAAAAUUUCAAAGAAGAAGAAGAAGGAAGAGGAGGAGCUGCAGCCCCCCGAGUGGAGCUGUGCUGGAUCUCAGGACCAGAGAGGAAUGGAGGAGGACGACCAGAACCAGGAGCAGCGGAGCACCGAGGUCCCCAGAAGACCAGCAGCAGACUGGGACUCUGAUAGCAGCCAUGUUCAGAAACGUAGAGGAGGAGAGGGACCCAGACCUCACAACUGUCAACACCGUGACAAAUCUUUCACAACAUCAACCUAUUUAAAGAUUCAUCAGAGAGUUCACACUGGAGAAAAGCCGUACAGCUGUGAUCAAUGUGGGGCAGCUUUCAAACAACAGGGAUACCUUAAAUUACAUCAACGCAUGCACACUGGAGAGAAUCUACACAGCUGUCAUCAAUGUGGGGCAGCUUUCACACGACAGAGCGACCUAAAAAUACAUCAACGCAUUCAUACUGGAGAGAAGCCGUACAGUUGUGAUCAAUGUGGGGCAGCUUUCACACAACAGUGUCACCUAAAAAUACAUCAACGCAUUCACACUGGAGAAAAACCUUUCAAUUGUGAUUUAUGUGGUAAAACCUUUUCUCAGAGUGGUCACCUUGAAAACCACCGACAUGUUCACACUGGAGAUAAACCUUACAGCUGUGAACAAUGUGGGGAAAGUUUUUCUCGGAGGAGUAGCCUUAAAAGACACCAACAGCGCAUUCACACUGCCUCGUAGUGAACAUGUUUCAGUGCCAAGCUGUUUCCUCCUGCCUCCUCCUCAUGCCCUGAUAGCUGUGAUGUUAUAUUCUGAUAUUCUCUCCACAUUGAAGGCUGACCAGCAGUAACUUGAUCUUCUGAACAGCAUGGCUGUUAUCCUGGAUACGACUACUUAAUACGCUCCCUCCCUUUGAAGGGAUUAAAUGCACUCAAAAUUAGCUUUUAUUCCUGUAAUACAUAUUCAGAGUUCAGGGUUCAGUUGCUAGCACUAUUUAACUAAUGCUGCAACGAAGGAGUAUUUGUUCUUAAUUAAAAAAAAAUCCCGUCGCUAUACAUACAGUAUAUGUGUGUAUUUAUAUGUGGCAUCCCACAGUCUUCUUCAGUGGAUUAGACACAUGAGAACAGCUGGUUGUAUUUGAGGGGAAGUUUAGUGUUUGGCU